AUGACCGGGAACCUACUACUACAGAACGACAGCCCCAAUGGCUGGAUCGUGCAGAAAUUCGGUGGUACAAGCGUGGGCAAGUUCCCCGACAGAAUCGCACAGGAUAUCAUCAGACCGUAUGUGAAGGACCAUAGGCUAGUAGUCGUCUGCUCAGCAAGGAGCACAGGCAAAAAGGUUACGGGAACCACAAGUCGGUUAUUGGAGGUAUUCAAGAAUCUCAAGGCCAUUGCCGCAGAUUCAAGUGACGAGCGGAAACAAGAUGCCCUCCUCAAGGAUGCCAAGCGAGUUAUGCAGGACAUCUGCAGCGACCACACCGCCGCGGCCGACAAGUUCAUCAAGGACGCCGAGCUUGCGGCCAUUGUGAAGGAGGAGACGGUAAAGGAGUGCCAGCUACUGAUCGAGUACCUGGAAGCUGCCAAGCGAUUCCACCUUGAAGUAAACUCGCGGGCAAAGGACCGAGUCAUCAGCUUCGGCGAGAAGCUCAGCUGCAGAUUCAUGGCCUACAUGCUCAAAGACCGGGGAGUAGACGCCGAGUACGUUGACCUUGCCGACGUCCUUCACUUCGACGCCAGCAUCGAGCGUCUCGACGCCACCUUCUAUCGCGACGCGGCCGGGAUCAUCGCCAAGAAGAUCCUCGCCUGCGAGAACCGCGUACCAGUCGUCACCGGCUUUUUCGGCAACGUGCCGGGCGGCCUGCUCGACGGCGACGUCGGCCGCGGCUACACGGACCUAUGUGCGUCUCUCGCGGCCGUAGGCCUGAAAGCCGACGAGCUGCAGAUCUGGAAGGAAGUCGACGGCAUCUUCACCGCAGACCCAUCCAAGGUGCCCACGGCGCGCCUCGUCCCGUCCAUCACGCCCUCCGAGGCCGCCGAGCUGACCUUCUACGGCUCCGAAGUCAUCCACCACCUGACCAUGGACCAGGUCAUCAAAGCCACUCCCCCGAUCCCCAUCCGCAUCAAGAACGUCAAGAACCCGCGCGGCGAGGGCACCAUCGUCAAGCCCGACCCCCUGCUGGCCCCCGACCAGACCCUCCAGCGACACAAGCAGAACGGCGUCUACUGCAACGGCACCAAAACAAACGGCGGCUGCCCCGGCAAGUCCAACAAACCCAAGCGCCCCACGGCCGUCACCAUCAAGGACAAGAUCUCCAUCAUCAACAUCCACUCCAACAAGCGGUCGAUCGCGCACACCUUUCUGGCGAGAUUGUUCGCCAUCCUCAACAAGCACCGCGUCAGUGUUGACCUGAUCUCCACCAGCGAGGUGCACGUUUCCGUGGCCGUGCACAUGGGCAACGCCGAGAUGACCAACUUUGACGCGGCCGUCAGGGACCUGGCUGACUGCGGUGAUGUGAGCGUCCUCCAUGGUCUGGCUAUCCUCAGUCUGGUGGGCGCGGAGAUGAAGAAUAUGAUUGGUAUUUCGGGCAAGAUGUUUUCGACGUUGGGUGAUCAUAGGAUCAAUAUUGAGAUGAUUUCUCAGGGUGCCAGCGAGAUCAACAUCUCCUGUGUUAUCGACGCUAGGGACGCCGAGCGGGCUAUGAACAUCUUGCACACCAACUUGUUCACUUUCCUGGAGUAA